AUGGCACAAUGCCGCAUUUUUGAUACUGUAAUAAUCGAUAAGCUGCCUUCGAUGUUCAUUACAUCAACGGUGCCCGUCGUCCAUGAUAACACCAUCAUUCUCGCGGCCACGCACCCUACCCUCUCUACCGCCGACUCCAUAGACGAUGGUUGGUUCAUCUCGGAUUUCUAUGCUUUCAACUAUUUGCUUAGAGGACUCGGGAUGCAAUAA